GCACAUCCUGUAUAGAUUCUCUUUCGCUCUCCAAUAUACUCUCAUGUCCAAAAGAACGUCAACACCAGAUCGUGGAUCAUCCAGAGGCAUGCCAGAGCGGGGUAGCCUCAAGAACGUAUCGACGCAGAAUGUACACACCAAGAAAUCAUGCAAAGCUCCUUCCAGUCUCUCCGGAAUCCUGCUAAUGAUGAUCCCGAUGAAAGCACCAAGAGCAAUCGACCUCUGUCAGGCGAAUUACCGGAGCAGAAUGAGGAGUUGGUGACUGGACGAAGGUCGCUCCCAUCGGCAGAGAAGGAUGCCCAGAAGAAGCGUGAAGCGCUUGGGGCUACUCAGCACGAAGUCUUGCAAAACUUCUUCCAAUCUCUUCUGAGUUCUCGCGCGAAGAAUGAUCCUGAUGAAUGCGCGAGAAAUAAUCUAAUACAUCAUGCCACAUUCAACGAAGUACCGGAACAGAACCAGGAGUUGUUCACCGUUCUGCUGCGUAGCGAUGGCGGUAAACCAGAUUCCCUUCAGCGAUAUUGCCUUAUUUGGACCUGGUGAUCUACUUGAGCUGAGAAUGACGAUACAAUAUACAGAGCUGAGAUUC